AUGGAGUCGCCAAAUUCUAAUGAUGCAGUUGACAGCAAAGAUGAAACUGCUCGUCGAAAUGAUACUUCUGUUGUUCCCUUAUCUUCUAAAAAUCAAAAAAUUGUUGUUUUGGGAGUAAAGAAGUUGGAAACUGUCAAAGAAGUUAAGACUGUACUUCCAGAAGAAGAAUAUUUGGAGGGACUGCAAAAAAUCAUUGUCAGGGAUUACUUUCCCGAAUUGCCGAAGCUGAAGGCACAGAAAGAAUAUUUGGAUGCUGUUGCAUCAAACGAUCUUACGAAAGUAAGAGAGCUCCAACUGCGGUACAGUACAAAACGUACUGAACGUAGGACCUCUCCCACUGUUCGUCGCAGUCCAGAAACAUUUGAUCCAGAAACUCCAGGACCGAGUAAUCGUGAGACUUCAAACCCAUACGAUACAGAAAGAAGCAGCAUAUUUAAAAAAGAUUAUGAAAAUGAAGCUUUGAAGAGCAAAGAUAAGGAAGCUAAUCAUACAGUCGAUUCUUACCUGAGGAAAUUUACUAGCGAAGAUAACGCUUCAUUUGAGGAGCUUGCUGCGCUUCACAAUAAGAAAGAAAGAUUAAGAAAUGCUUGGAUGUAUGAGGCAGAGGAAAAGCAUAACAAAGAGUUAGUUUACAAAGGAAAAGAAAUGAUUCUAGCUGCUGAUGAGCAGCUCAUGCUUAAAGCUGCACCGUCAGCUGCAGAAGAAAAGCCAAAAGAUCUGGACAACUGGUCUUACAAAGCUAGGAAUUCUGUACUUUUUAAUAUUGAUGAAGCACCGCUGACAGUUGAAGAACACAUUCAGAGGCAGAAGAUGAAUCAGAAAGUAAUAAAUAAGGAAGCAACUCGCUUACCUGAAAGUAUUAUUGCCGAGAGUCAUCAACUUUCACUGUCACGUCCAGGAGGUGUGUUAUUAGGAGCGCAAAUUGAGAAAGUGGAUAUUACUGGACGCGAAGUGAGUGUUAAGAAACCAGCUGCUUUUGAUUUGGUCAGCACCCCCUCGCCAGCUCCUGGAGUUGAAGAUUCACCGUUUAUGACUUGGGGUGAGAUUGAAGGCACUCCUUUCCGCCUCGAUGCUUCUGAUAUGACGCCUAGCCUUGACAACGCUCCUGCCUUCAAAAUACCGGACGUACCUAUAAGAGAACAAAUCGCGCAGGGUAUCACUGAAAAAAUAGCGCAGAGAUAUCGUGACAAAAAAAAAGCAGCAAUUCGUCAGGCCGAAAAACUCCACUCAAAAACGCCUUCGUUUGGUUCUGUCCGAAGCUCAGAUAAAUUACUUCUUAUGUCGCCGGCUGCAAGGAGGCUGGCUACUAAAGGUUUGGGAAUUCGGCUUGGAACCGAUAAGUCAAUGGAGGUCAGAUAUACUCCUUCCCCAAGAAGACCAAGCACUGUACUUGCCACUCCAACACCGGACCGUUCUCUUGUUAAAAGUGCGCAACACCUUCAUUCAAAGAGGAAAAAUGAAUUAACUGACUUUUCUGUGAAGGAAAAUUCAUCAAUAACUGAUAAUCUUUUGAAUUUUGGUGAAUCUACUUCAACAAAACGAAGCCGACCAACUGCUGCAGAUUUUUUCUGA